GCCCAGCGCCGGGACCGGGGGGAGGCGGCCGGGGCGGCGGGGGGGGCGCUUGGGCUCGGGGGCGGGUCGCGGUGCCUCGCGUCAGGUCCCGCAGCGGGUUCAGUCGCUGACCGGCUGUGCCCGCUCGUCCCUCUGACGGGGUUUGGGCACCGGCUCGCAACCGGCGUCCCGCGGGAGGCCGCACGGCCUGCCCGGCGUGGGGCGGUGCUCGGUGCUCGGUGCCGGGCUCCGUGCUCCGUGCUCCGUGCUGUGCUCCUUGUCUGCCGCCGGCCCGCGGGGCUGCGCCGCUCACCGUCGCCAUGGUGAAGGAGCAGUUCCGAGAGAGCGACGUGGCCAAGAAGAUAAGCCACAUCUGCUUUGGGAUGAAGUCCCCCGAGGAGAUGCGGCAGCAAGCGCACAUCCAGGUGGUCAGCAAGAACCUGUACAGCCAGGACAACCACCACUCCCCACUGCAGUACGGCGUGCUCGACCACCGCCUGGGAACCAGUGAAAAAGACCGCCCCUGUGAAACCUGUGGAAAAAACCUAGCUGAUUGUUUGGGACAUUAUGGGUACAUUGACUUAGAACUGCCCUGUUUUCAUGUUGGAUACUUCAAAGCUGUGAUAGGCAUCUUACAGAUGAUAUGCAAAACCUGUUGCCGUAUCAUGCUGUCGGUGGAAGAAAAAAAACAGUUUUUGGAUUACCUGAAGCGACCAGGCCUUACGUAUCUUCAGAAGAGAGGGCUAAAGAAGAAAGUGUCAGAAAAGUGCCGAAAGAAAAACACUUGUCCUUACUGUGGUGCCUUUAACGGAACUGUGAAGAAGUGUGGUUUGUUGAAAAUAAUACAUGAAAAAUAUAAGACCAAUAAGAAAGUGGUAGAUCCCGUGGUAUCCACUUUUCUCCAGUCCUUUGAAACUGCCAUAGAACAUAACAAAGAAGUAGAAUCCUUAUUGGGAAGAGCUCAGGAAAACUUGAAUCCAUUAGUAGUAUUGAACCUCUUUAAAAGAAUCCCAGCAGAAGAUAUCCCUCUGCUUCUAAUGAAUCCAGAAGCAGGUAAGCCUUCAGAUUUGAUCCUCACACGACUCUUAGUGCCACCACUGUGUAUCAGACCCUCUGUUGUGAGCGACUUGAAGUCCGGCACCAACGAGGACGACUUGACAAUGAAACUGACAGAGAUCAUUUUCCUCAAUGAUGUAAUAAAAAAGCACAGGAUAUCAGGAGCCAAAACACAGAUGAUAAUGGAAGACUGGGACUUCCUUCAGUUGCAGUGUGCCCUGUACAUUAACAGUGAGCUGUCGGGAAUUCCUCUGAACAUGGCACCUAAAAAAUGGACUAGAGGUUUUGUUCAAAGACUUAAGGGAAAGCAAGGUCGGUUUAGAGGCAAUUUGUCUGGAAAGCGAGUGGAUUUCUCUGGCAGAACAGUCAUUUCCCCAGAUCCUAAUUUAAGAAUAGAUGAAGUAGCAGUGCCUAUUCAUGUUGCUAAAAUAUUAACUUUUCCUGAAAAGGUUAACAAAGCAAAUAUUAAUUUUAUGAGGAAACUUGUCCGGAAUGGUCCUGAUGUUCAUCCUGGAGCCAACUUCAUUCAGCAAAGGCACACACAGAUGAAAAGAUUUUUGAAAUAUGGAAACCGAGAGAAGAUGGCCCAGGAGCUGAAGUUUGGUGAUAUCGUGGAGCGGCAUCUUAUAGAUGGUGAUAUAGUCCUGUUCAACCGACAACCCUCUCUUCAUAAGCUGAGCAUCAUGGCUCACAUUGCUAGAGUAAAACCUCAUAGGACAUUCAGAUUUAAUGAAUGUGUGUGUACACCAUACAAUGCAGACUUCGAUGGAGAUGAGAUGAACCUUCACCUUCCUCAGACAGAAGAAGCAAAAGCAGAAGCACUUGUUUUAAUGGGGACUAAAGCAAACUUGGUAACACCAAGAAAUGGAGAACCCCUCAUUGCUGCUAUUCAAGAUUUCCUUACAGGUGCCUAUCUUCUUACACUAAAAGAUACCUUUUUUGAUCGAGCCAAAGCCUGUCAAAUCAUUGCUUCUAUCCUGGUUGGUAAGGAUGAAAAAAUUAAAGUUCGUCUUCCACCUCCGGCAAUUCUGAAGCCUGUAACACUCUGGACAGGAAAGCAGGUUUUCAGCCUCAUUCUCAAACCCAGCGAUGACUGUCCUGUAAAAGCGAAUCUGCGAACCAAGGGCAAACAGUAUUGUGGCAAAGGGGAAGACCUGUGUUACAAUGACUCUUAUGUCACAAUUCAAAACAGUGAGUUAAUGAGUGGCAGCAUGGACAAAGGAACCUUAGGUUCUGGAUCCAAGAACAAUAUCUUUUACAUCUUGCUGAGAGACUGGGGACAAGUAGAAGCUGCAGAUGCCAUGUCACGACUAGCCAGGCUUGCUCCUGUCUAUCUAUCUAAUCGUGGCUUUUCAAUUGGAAUUGGUGAUGUCACACCAGGUCAGGGCCUGCUAAAGGCUAAGUAUGAACUCCUGAAUGCUGGCUAUAAGAAAUGUGAUGAGUAUAUUGAAGCUCUGAACACUGGAAAACUACAGCAGCAGCCUGGUUGUACUGCAGAAGAGACACUAGAGGCUUUGAUCCUUAAAGAACUCUCUGUUAUCAGAGAUCAUGCUGGCAGUGCCUGUCUCAGAGAGCUGGACAAGAGCAAUAGUCCCCUUAUUAUGGCUCUCUGUGGUUCUAAAGGCUCCUUCAUUAACAUUUCCCAGAUGAUUGCAUGUGUAGGUCAACAGGCUAUCAGUGGGUCCCGAGUUCCCGAUGGAUUUGAGAACAGGUCCUUGCCUCACUUUGAGAAGCAUUCUAAGCUUCCAGCAGCAAAAGGCUUUGUUGCUAACAGCUUCUAUUCUGGGUUGACUCCCACUGAAUUUUUUUUUCACACAAUGGCUGGUCGAGAAGGUCUGGUUGACACAGCUGUAAAAACAGCCGAAACUGGAUACAUGCAGAGGCGGCUGGUAAAAUCUCUUGAAGAUCUUUGUUCGCAGUAUGAUUUGACGGUCAGAAGUUCUACUGGUGACAUCAUUCAGUUUAUUUAUGGAGGAGAUGGCUUGGAUCCUGCAGCAAUGGAAGGGAAGGAUGAACCACUGGAAUUUAAGCGGGUUCUAGAUAAUAUCAGGGCUGUAUAUCCAUGCCGAAGUGAACCAGCCCUCAGUAAAAAUGAAUUGGUGUUAACAUCUGAAUCUAUCAUGAAGAAGAAUGAAUUUCUUUGCUGCCGAGACAGUUUUCUGCAGGAAAUUAAAAAAUUCAUCAAAGGUGUUUCUGAGAAUAAAAAAACAAGGGACAAGUAUGGUAUUAAUGACAAUGGCACAACAGAGCCACGAGUUUUAUAUCAGUUGGAUAGGAUUACACCAACACAACUAGAGAAGUUUCUAGAGACAUGUAGGGACAAAUACAUGAGGGCACAGAUGGAGCCUGGUUCUGCGGUAGGAGCCCUUUGUGCACAGAGUAUUGGCGAGCCUGGCACACAGAUGACGCUGAAGACUUUCCAUUUUGCAGGGGUUGCUUCCAUGAACAUUACUUUGGGUGUGCCAAGAAUCAAAGAAAUUAUUAAUGCUUCAAAGGCAAUUAGCACACCUAUUAUAACAGCACAGUUGGACAAAGAUGAUGAUCCUGAUUUUGCCCGUCUGGUUAAAGGAAGAAUUGAGAAAACUUUAUUAGGAGAGAUCUCAGAAUAUAUUGAAGAAGUGUUUCUUCCAGAUGAUUGUUUCAUCCUAGUGAAGCUGUCUCUAGAGCGCAUUAGACUACUGAGAUUAGAGGUGAAUGCAGAGACUGUGCGCUACUCUAUUUGCAUAUCUAAACUCAGAGUGAAGCCUGGGGAUGUUGCUGUCCAUGGAGAAGCAGUUGUAUGUGUGACCCCUCGUGAAAAUAGCAAGAGUUCAAUGUAUUAUGUACUGCAGUCCCUGAAAGAAGAAUUACCAAAGGUUGUAGUGCAAGGUAUACCAGAGGUUUCCCGAGCUGUCAUCCAUAUUGAUGAACAAAGUGGUAAGGAAAAAUACAAACUUCUAGUUGAAGGUGAUAAUCUGCGAGCUGUUAUGGCUACUCAUGGAGUGAAAGGAACAAAAACAUCUUCUAACAACACUUACGAGGUAGAAAAAACACUAGGAAUUGAAGCUGCUCGGACCACCAUUAUCAAUGAGAUUCAGUAUACAAUGGUGAACCAUGGUAUGAGCAUUGACAGGAGACAUGUUAUGUUACUGUCUGAUCUAAUGACUUACAAGGGUGAAGUGCUGGGUAUUACCAGGUUUGGACUGGCAAAAAUGAAGGAAAGUGUGUUGAUGCUGGCUUCUUUUGAAAAGACUGCAGACCAUCUCUUUGAUGCUGCCUACUUUGGACAGAAGGAUUCUGUUUGUGGUGUUUCUGAAUGCAUCAUCAUGGGAAUUCCAAUGAAUAUAGGAACAGGACUUUUUAAACUUUUGCACAAAGCAGACAAAGAAUCAACACCUCCUAGGAGGCCUCUGAUAUUUGAUAAUAAUGAGUUUCAUAUUCCAAUUGUUACAUAGCACUCGUGUAUAAUACCAGAUAGAAAAACAAGAAAUAGCAAGAAAACAUAAUUUAAGAAAGAGUUUUAUUAGUGCUGUGUGUCUCAAUAACUGAAUUGGUAGGUGAAAUACUAGCAAAAGAGUUGCCCGAUUGUUUACCAUCUGUUGUUUGUACAGACUCUGAUACGAGAAGCUUCUCUGCACCAGAGAGUAGAAAUACAUUUAAGGUGGAUUUCAGCUGAUGGUUUUCUUCCUGUAGUAACAUGCUUUGGAAUGACCUGAAACUGUCAGUACCUUAUGAAAAUGACUUCCCAGGCUAGUUAAUGCUAGUUUGUAUAGGAAGCAAGCUUGUUUCAUCACCACCACAAGUCAAGUUCUGAAAUUUUGACAUGUACUUUCUGCUGCCUUAUGAAGAAAAAAUAAAGUGUUCAGAAUAUAAUGUAUGUUACAACA